CUCCCUCUCUGGCCUUUUCCGCCCGGAAGUUCCGGUCCUUGCGGCUCUUCAAGGCUCCUCCGAGGCGUUUGGGGUUCCUUUCUUGGAGAGCAGAGGCAGAAGAGACUGGGGAAGGAGAAGUCCUAGCUUUGCAUGGCCCAAGCAGUUAUUGGUCCUGCUGCCCAGAGAGCACAAGAUUUGGGUGGCAAUACUUCAUCUGAAGCUGUCAGCCACUAAGUGCUGUUGGAAGGUUUGAACCAACUAUCAGGAGGGAGAGCUCACAUGUAGUGUUUUGAGCUGGAGAAUUGAGGACACAGCCACAUGCGUUCAUUUACGACUCCACUCUGUUCACCUCUAGUCACAGCUAUGCUUCCAGAGACUUCUGUACAUUUCCAAGAGCAACAAAAAUGGAGUAAGUCUCUGGAGUUAGUAUCAUUUGAGGACGUGGCUGUGGACUUCAGCUGGGAGGAAUGGCAAGACCUGGACGAUGCUCAGAGGACCCUAUACAGGGAUGUGAUGCUGGAGACCUACAGCAGCCUGGUGUCCUUGGGGCACUGCAAUCCCAAACCUGAGGUGAUCACCAAACUGGAGCAAGGAGUACAGCCAUGGAUGGGAGAAGAAUACCUAAGUCAGACCUUUACAGGGCGCUGCACCCCCAGCCCAGAGGAGACCAGAAAACUGGAGCAGGGAACACAGCCAUGGAUGGGAGAACACUCAAGCCAGACCCUUACAGAUGGCCUGAAAGUGGAAGACCUGGGUGAGACCAGCCAGGACAGUCCAGACAGACAUCUGUGGCAAGUUGUGAUCACCAACAGCAGUACAGCAGAGGAGAGAGUUGGAUUAGAAAGUGAAUUCAAUUUGAGCUCAAACCGUAUUUCAAAGCUGGUUAUAAAUAAUGAGAACUACUUAGGAAUGAGGACUGAAGAGUUUAUUGUAUAUCAAAAUAUGCUCUUUCCUAGUGUACUUGAUGAGAUGCCUGCUGGAACAAGACCUGAUACCCAUGGUACAGUUAGGAAUGGGUGGCAGGAUUUUCAAUAUAGUGGAGAAAUGAAGGCUGUCAAUACAGAGGCAAUAUUCUUCAUACAUCAGCGGUUGUGUGUGGGAGAGUCCUCCUGUGAAUAUAGUGAACAUAGGCAAGCCUGUGAUAAAUCAGCUGUCAUUGUCCGAAAGAUAACUCAAGGAGGGAGGAAAAUGCUUGAUUGUAGUAUAUGCGGGAAGAUAUUCUAUUCAAAUCCUUUACUCACUAAAUAUCAGAGAAUGAACACAGGAGAGAAACCCCACAUAUGUAUUAACUGUGAGAAAUUUUUCAUUAAGGAAGCAUACCUUACAACUAACCAGAAGAAAAUCGCAGAAGAGAAGCCCUACAACACAUGUAUGGAUUCUUUCUACCAGAAGUCAGACCUCAUUUCACAACCUCGAACUCACACAGGAGAGAAACCCUAUGUGUGUAGUGAAUGCAGAAAAUCUUUCUACCGCAAGUCAGACCUCACUGUACAUCAGAGAACUCACACAGGAGAGAAGCCCUAUGAAUGUAAUGAGUGUAGGAAAUCUUUCAACCAGAAGUCAAACCUCAGCAGGCAUCAGAGGACUCACACAGGAGAGAAACCUUAUGAGUGUAAUAAAUGUGGGAAAUCUUUCAACCAGAAGUCAGACCUCAUUUUACACCUGAGAAUUCACACAGGAGAGAAACCCUAUGAAUGUAAUGAGUGUAGGAAAUCUUUCUACAAGAAGUCAGACCUCACUGUACAUCAGAGAAUGCACACAGGAGAGAAACCCUAUGAAUGUAAAGAAUGUAGGAAAACUUUCUAUCAGAAAUCAAAACUUACUGUGCAUCAGAGAACACACACGGGAGACAAACCCUAUGAAUGUAAUGAAUGUGGGAAAUCUUUUUAUCAGAAGUCAGACCUCACUGUACAUCAGCGAACACACACAGGAGAGAAACCCUAUGAGUGUAAUAAAUGUAGAAAAUCUUUCUAUCAGAAAUCAGUGCUUACUGUGCACCAGAGAACUCACACAGGAGAGAAACCUUACGAAUGUCAUGAAUGUAGGAAAACUUUUUGCCAGAAAUCACAUCUCAGCAGGCAUCAGAGAACUCACACAAGGUAGAUACCUUGUGAGCAAUGAAAAGAGGAAAUUGUUUAACUAGAAGCCAUCCAUUCAUCAAAAAAACCUAGGCAGGAGAAAGACCGUAUGUGUGUAAGAAAACGUUUUAUUAGCCAUGACCUCUCAGUAAACCUGAGAAAUUACAUAAAGGUAGCUGUAUUCCCAAAUUCUCUCUUUUUUAUUUUUUCCCUUGGUUAGACUGGUCCACAUUACUUGGUUUCCCAUCAUUGUGGGAGGACCAUGUGCCUGGACACUGUUGGGGGAUUUAUAGACCUAGUGAUAGACAUUACUUCCUGGUGUGGCAGUGGCCAUGAGGUAUCUCUGGAUUGAGUCUUGUGCCCUGUGGGGCUGAAUCCAAAUGAUCCCCAGGUGGCCCUGGGAGUAUUAGUGGGAGAAAGCUGUCUUGGUGUGAGAUGAAGAAUUGACUAUGGGGAGUAGAGGUCUUCCCAUCUCUAACCCAGAGUUUCCUUGGUUUCCUCAUUACCUUGCCUUAGUGAGGAAGUCAUGCUCUGUUGUGCUGUUGUAUUUUAGCUCUUCACAUUAUAACACAGAAAGCCCACUGUUGCCAGUUCAACUUUUGAAUGACUGAUUUUUCUUGUGCGUCAGAAAAUUUACACAAGGGCAGCCUACGUUGUGAUCUUUCCUCCAGUUGGUUUAUGGAAAAAAAAAAAAACUGGGGAGAAGUGAACUUGGGGACUCUUAGCUAGGGACAGGUUGUUAAAUAUGAAGAGUAAAUUUUUAUAAAUGCCAUCAGUUUUCAAGAGAAAGUAUAACAUUUUUAUAUGUCAGAGUUUGUAAUAAACAGUCAAAAUUUGUAUUGUGGACAAAACAUUUCAAAUAGAAUUGUUAAAUGUGUUAUUGAACAUACAAAAUGUAGUUGAUAUCACAGCGGGAUUCUGUUCUGCUGUAGCCUCUUGAAGACACUGGUGUGCCAGAGACAUUGGUGAUUGUCAUAGCCCAGGGGUGUGGUCCUAGCUUCUGGUGAGUAGACGAUAGAAAGGUGCUAGGAGGUAGAACUCAGGCCCUGUGUAUACAGGAUGUGCAUGUGGGUGCUCUGUGCCAGCAGAUCUCUUUAUGUAAUUGAACCUCCUGGAAAUGGUAUGGAAAAUGUGUACCUUUAGCUUGCACACUGAUUUUCAAUAUCAAGAGCUGCUCUUCAUCUUAGUUUGUUAAACAUAUUAGGUCUAAACUCUAAAGAAUUGUACUAUACUUUCCCCAACACUUCUAGUAUAUGUAAAUUCCUUGACCAUCGUUACUAAACUGUCUCUUUUGUGAAGACUGUUUCAUCUUGAACUUGACUUCUUACAUAGGGUAGCCACAGGCUAAUAGAAACAGGCUUUACAUAGAAACAUGCAAUUCAGGCUCUCAGUUGUUAAUAUUUUAAUCCUCAGUUCAUUUAAAUAGCUCUGAAUAACAGCAUUCACUUCUUUCAGGUCAGUAGAAGGCAGUUACUAGAAUGAAAUAGCCUCUUCACACUCUCUUUCGUGGGGGGUAGUAUUUGAGAUAGGUUCUUGCUGUGUAGUUGAAGGUGACCUUGAUCUCACUAUGUGGCCCAGGCUGACCUUGAACUCACAAUGAUCCUUAUGCCUCUGGCUCCCUUUCUCUUUUGUCCCUGUGUCCUACAUAGGUUGAGUUUGUGUUACCAAGUACAUUGUAGCUGAGGGGUCGCAAAUCCUCUCUAGUGUCUUAGAGGCUGUCGUCAGGGUUAGUAGCUCAGUUGGAGAGCACUGUUCCCCCAAGCUCAUUCAGGUUGCCAGAAUUUCCUUGCAAUGUCUGGCUGAGGGCAAUAACCUCAGAGGCAGGGCACAGGGCUGUUGCUUCCUCAAGGCCAGUGUGGGAUUUCACUCCAGUGUGGUAGGACAGCCUCUGUUUGCAGUGCUCAGGAUCACAGUGGGGUCCUUGCAUAUACUUGUCAGGAGCUACAUCUAUGGUAGGAUUGUCCUAAACCCAUGAUUAAGGAUGAUUAGAGCCACGUCCCAUGUCCCAUCUCCAGAGCACAGAGUCAUGUGAGGGCAUGUCCACCACAUUAGAUAGGAGUCCUUUGGUUUUAGGGGAGUGAGGUUGUAGAUUUUUAGUUUUUGUAGAAGUGACUUGUUAGAGAAUUUGUAACAGUUACUUAUAAAUACUACACACUGUAGAUACAGUGUAGAAUCACUAGCUGUAAGAAAUUGCUCUGAAGAUCACCAUCCUGCAUCCUUCCUGGUCCCUAGUCCCAAAGUUCAGCUCCUUUGAGGUAAUGUCUUGUGUAUGGAUAAAAGUUCUGUGCUGUGGCCUGGCUUUAGAUCUUCGUGUUCUGUGAACUGUUAAGUGUAAAUGUUGCUGAGGUUCAUCUUGGUGUCUCUGGUUGGUUGUAUGAUGAGAUAUGUGUGCUAUCUGUCACAAGAGUAAAUCAGCCAUAAGUCUGAUUGCUGAUUUAGUCCUAGUCCAUUCCGUGUAUCUGCUCAGGCUACCUUGACAAAAUGCCAGUUUCAGUUUUGAAAUCAUUUAUUUUCUCACUGUUCUGUAGGCUGGAUGUGCAAGGUCAAGGGACUUACAGGUUUGUCUCUGGCAAAGUGAUUCUUCCUGAGCUAAAAUAUUAGGACUUCAUCCCAUGAUCUUAUUUGACCUUAAAUACCUUCUAAACAUUAUGUUUGGAGCUGUAUUUCCAAACAUAACUUCCUUGAAAGUUAGGGCUUUCUCAUGUGAAUUUUAGAAAGAAACAUUCCAUGUAUAUCACCCAGUGAUUUGAAAUGUCAUCUUUAUAUAUAGUAAGUUACUAUUUGGAGUGGCUGUGUUUGUCUAUUCAGCAUUUCUUUAUUGUGUUUUCCUAGUCACAGGCCAACUGUGGGACUGUGGGGGCCACUGCAUGACACAUGUUUUGUUCUGAGUGUAGAGUGAGUCUCCUGUGCCUCUGAGAAUACUGUACUCACAGUGCCAGGGCUCUGGCUGGAGCUACCGCACUGCCAGGGUCUGCGUCUAGUAAUGAGGGAGGCUGUGGUACAGUGUCCUGAAGACUAAGGUCCUGACGCCUACAGCAUAAGCCUUUUCCUGAAGUAGACACUGGCAGCAUGCUUUUUCUGUUGUUUCUUUGUUCUGCUUGUUCUGCUUGCAUAGGGGCAGUGGGUUGCUUCUGGUUGCUGUUGGAUCCUGACUUAGCUGAAUUUCUCCUAUGUCUAAUCUUUUGGGUUUCACUGAACAAUCUGUAGAUACUUGUGCACCAAGAAGAUACUAUCUAAAAUUAUAUUUGCCUGAUGUUCCUUUUAAUACAUUGCAGGACAAUUUUUUGUCAUCUCUCCCCCCCCCCCCCCGGCUGACUGCCCCACAUCAAUUCUUAUUUUUAUUUAAAAUCUGUUUACCUCCCAUUCCACACUCACAGUGCCUUCUGCAUCUGGCUGGGCUUUUACAUAACUGAGACCCAAGCAAGAACUCACUGGAGGCGGCACUGUGUUCACUAUGUUCAGGCAGUGAUGGCUGUCACCUCCUCCAGAGAAUUGUUCCAUCCAGGAUCAAGUCCUUGCAGUUUGCACUUCAGGACUCCAGGUGCCUAGGAGUUGUGUUUUGUAUGAGAAAGGGGAAACCUAAGGCUACUGUUCUGUCCCCACACUCCUCAUGAAUGUGCAGGGCAGGGACUGGACACCAGGAUUAUCUGCAGAGAACAGGGACUUGCUCUCACCCUUGUCCACCCAAGUGAACCUGGGGUGCUUAAAAUGUGUAUGGAUGAGUGCUUUCCCUGCCUGGCAUGCUUGAGGUGCACUGCAGACUCAACCACGGCAGAUGCUGCUCUUUUCCAAAUACUUUCUUCCCUUGCUUUUUCCCAAAGGAGUUUUAGAAACGAUUAUAGAAAAAUUUAAGCAUAAAGCCAAAAUAAUGAUGUGAUGAGCCAUCAUACAUCCAAUAUUAAGCCUUGACAGUGACCAGUUUGUGGCCAUUCUCUCUAUUUAAAAAUUUAUAUCCCUUCUCUGCACAAUGGAUGAUUUUCAUACUGAUUCAUUUGGUUGAUAAAUACUUUCAACUGUAAUUUUUAAUGACUUUUUACAAAGCAUAAUCAUGCCACUACCUGCUAAAAAAAAAACCCAAAUUUCCCAUAGAAGUAUGUACUUAUAUACACAUCUGUGAUUAUUCCAGUCAUUUUAUUCAAAUUAGGAUUCAAAUGAAGUGCACACAUUGUGCAUGCUGCUGUGUCUUCAGCAUAUCUUAGUUUAUAGAUUGUCCUUCCAUUUUUUUGUCCAGAAAUGUUUUUCAUUUGAGCCCUUCCCCUAGCACAGUGUCAUAGCAGCUUACUGCUGAGCAUGUCGAACCCACUGUAACAUGAUGCUGGUUGUACAGUUAACAGAGCACACACACUGACAGUUUUUUCCUUUCAGAUAGUCUAAGCAACAAGUUCUGGCAUGAGGUCACUUGCAGUGACCUUCUAGGCCUUGCAGUGCUGUUCCAUGUGACUGUCAUGGAGUUCUAGGCACUUCUUAAUCACAGUUUAUUUUUCUAAACUUUUAGAGAACAUUCCAGAGUAAGGAUCUUCACAGGGAGAGGAUAGGAACAUCUGGACCUCCCUAAUCAGGGGUUACUGUGAUGACUAAUACAAUUAACACUGAGUUACCAACAUGACUUGCUGAAUGAUAGGCACACUGAGAAAGGCAGAUCUGUUUUUGUUGAUGAACUGAGGGAUGGCCAGGGAGGGCACAGCCAACUAGCCAAGGCCCCAGACCCAAAAUAUUUGCUGGGGCAGCAGAAAAGACCCUCACCUCCAGUAGUGGUGUGAGUGUGACUAUAAAAGCACCUCAAGAUCUGAGGAGAAAAGCCAAGAGAUGGCUUACACCACAGUCUGAGACAGAAGCCUUAUUGAACAUCAAGACAACAGGGAGCUCCAUCAGGGAUGCUUUUACCUAACAACUGCAUUAAGCAGGAGGGUAAAGAAACAGUCAACACAUUUGGUAAUGUGUUAUACUUACUACAAACAUUAAGUGAAUCACCAGGAAGGUAUCUGCCAACUUCAAGGUCCUACUGUGUCUGUCAUUUUCACUGAGGUGUAACACUAGAAUUGUCAUGAAUCAAGAAUGACCUGGCCUUCCCCCUUCUUGGGAAAGCAAAAGAGGUUCUGCAAAACGGAUUUUUUUGUGCCUCUUUAUAAUCCAAGCUCUGGGUCACAUCAGAAUCUAGUAAGGGUUUAGUAGAUGGAUGGUACCAGCUGCACUAACAGCUUCUGCUGUCUACAUUCUUUGUGCAGGUCUUUGGAAAUUUUACUGAAUGUUAUCCUGUUUCCUUUACUUUUAACCCCCCCCAUCUCAAUAAACUACUUUUUUUUUUUUAAAUCAGGGAGUUUCUUAAACUGAAAUUAGUACUUUCUGUCUAAACAAUUUAGAUAGUCUGGUAAUAAGUAAAAGUUCUCUUCAAGACAGUGAGUUUCAUGUUAAAUGUUAUUAUUAUAAUAUGAAAACAAACAUUUAACGUGUUGUCUUCAUACUCCAUACCUCCACACCCCUGAUACUUACUAAGUAGCAUGCCCAUGUGGAAUCCAGGCCAUUCUCUCCUCACCCAAGAUCUUGGAUGGAAAGGGUCCCACUAAUCCUCACCAAAAAGACUUUCAUAAAAAGCAUCUAUUCUGUCAAGGCAGAGACAUUUUUUCUUUUUGUCAUAGAGAACAGAUAAACUCAUCCAUAAUUCUUUGCAAAAGUGAGUUAUUUGUAGCUUCUCUUCCACACAUUGCUCAAAAAGCAUAUCACCUUAAACCCUGUGGCAUCAGGCAUUAUAUGUCCAGGGUUGGUCCUCAGGGAGUGGUAGGCUGGUUUCUCUCACACCCUGCUGCUUCUAAGAACUACAACCUCUGACCUCUGCACUCCAUUCCAUUCUGAUAAUACAUCUUCGCCAGUUUAACAGUUACUCUAUUCUGGGCACUUAGAUUGCUUCUGACUUUUCAUUAAUAUUGAUAGUGCUAUAGUCACAAUCCUUCUGACUAAAGCUUUUCUAUUUGAAACAAAAAUUUCAUAAAACAAUAUUUAAGUCUUACCUAAGAGUAAGUAUUCACCAGGAUUUUCAGUUCUACUUGUUCUGGAGCAACCUGGGCCCAAUGUCUGAGAACUACCCCCAAGGUGCCAGCCCCAGGGUACCAUGAGACUAAAGAGAGAGGCAGACUCUGGGAUCACACAGUGCUAGUGGUAGCCCAGUCCUGGGUAGCAGCAGCACCAGAGGUUCCUGCAGCGUGGGUCAAGAGAGACACAUACACUGGUCGGGACAAAAGUGACUUAAUCGAGGCUUGAUGCACCAGGUCAUCAUCAUUGGAGAGUCAGGCUCAUCUCUGGUACUGGGUCUUGAGGUAAAGCCCCACACAUGACUCUAAUGGUUUGGUCCAUUUAGUUUGCUGGGAAACCAUAAAGAUGCACACACCCUACCAUCCAUCCCCUUACUUUGGUUGUGCCCAAACUGGCUGUGGCUUGUAGAGCUUCCUCCCCAAAUUAUUCUUUAGUGUCUUAGCCAUUAGAUUGAUUUUCUACCCCACUAAGAUAUGGCAGCCAUGCAUCUACAUCUGAAAAAUAGGACUGCAGCUGUGCUGCAUCAGCUAUGUUAGUCUGGAAGGAGGUGAAUCAGAAGCCAAUUUGCCCAAGGCAGAGGUUGUAUGAUUUAUUUCACUGUUAUUUUACUUAGGAAAAAAGGAAAGAGGAAGAAAGUACCCUAUGAAAAGAAGUAGCUUUGGCUUACUUGGGAAGAUGGGGGUGCUUCCUUACCUGUGUGUUGCAGCCCUGAUUAGAGACACUGUCAGCUUAGUCUUGUGUUGGCCAUAGGAUGGUCCAUGGAUAAGCACCCUGUGUCUCCCUGGGAAGCCCAUGCGAGGUGCACUUCUUGCCGAGAGCAGGUACUGCUUCCCUGCUUGGGGCCCAAAUGCUUCUGGGAGUGGCCAGAGACUUCUCACAACAACUUCUGAACCACACAGCAGAUGUCCUUGCAGUCCAGCUCUUGUGAAACAUCUGUUCUGGACACUCCAGAUGGCCUUCCACUCCCUGGGAUGGAGAGCGGGUAUCAAGGGCCCUGCACCUCCUCUUACAACUAGGUCGUGGCUCAAAUGACCAUUUUAAAGAUCUAAAUAAAAUAAGACAUUGAGCUUUGA